CUGGGGCGCUGUGUGUCUAACUCGGGACGGGACACAAUGUGUGCGCGGCCGCCAUGCGCUGACCUGUGAACCGGAAGCUGAUGUAAAGGUGCGCGCGCAAGCCGACUCGCUGGCGGGAAAAUUGUUAUAGGUAGUGAGACACACACAGUGACAUACAGUGUCACACACAGUCACACACACAUACAGUGUCACACACAGUUACACACAUAGUGACUGUCACGCAUUGUCACACACAGGUACAGAGAGUAAGUGUUAAGGGGGAGGAAGUGUAUUAAGUAUUCCCCAGAGCCCCGAUAGUGGUUUAAUACUGCAGAUUAAAGCGCAGCUGCACUGUUCAGGGGUAUGGUGCAGAUUGUGAUAUCAAGAAGAGACGAUGGGGUUGUGGCAGAGUGGCUCCUGAUGGAACUCCAAGGAGAGAUAGAAUCUCGGCACCACAUUGGACUGGCUGGCAACCUCAUGGGGGAUCUGCACUACACAAGAGAGGGAGUUCCAAUCCUGAUAAUCGGCCACCACAUCCUGUACGGUAAAGUCAGCCAUCUAGAGAGACCAUUUGCCGUGCUGGUCAAACAUUCAACCUCAAAAGAAACAUCUGAAAGCCGCCUGCAGGCUGAGAUCCCGGGAGAUGGAAAUUCUGUGACUAAUUAUCUGGUCACUGCUCUUAUCAAGAAAAAGAUAAUUUUCAAAACUCGACCAAAACCCAUCAUUACCAAUGUGCCCAAGAAGUUGUGAGUGUAUGAAGCUAGGUACAGUUUGUGUCAGACAUCUCCGGCUAAAUGUGAAUUUCAAAACUGCUCGUUUCAUGCUAAGUGAUUCCUGGACAGAUUUACCAGUGGCUGGAACAUCAACAAUAAAAGAACAAUAAAACUUUUCGCUAA